AUGCCAAAAAGUAAAAAGAAAGUGAAAGAUGAAAAAGAUGGAAAACGAAAAGGAGAAGUUGGAGUGAAAGCAUGGAUACAAACAGUGGUAGACAAAUUAACAAAAGAAUGGGAACCAGCUAAAUGUCAAUCACUUUUUACCGAAAGUGAACUUAUCGAAUUAUGCUAUCGAGCACGUGAAAUGUUUUGGAUGCAACCACCUCUUAUUGAGCUAAAUCCACCAAUAAAUAUUUUGGGUGAUAUACAUGGACAAUUUGAAGAUUUGAUCGCAUUAUUCACCCUUAACGGUUUUCCACCAAAUAAGAAAUAUCUUUUUCUCGGUGAUUAUGUUGAUCGCGGUCCAUAUUCACUUGAAGUGAUCGUGUUGCUAUUUGCUUAUAAAGUACUUUAUCCGGAUACAGUCACUUUAUUACGUGGCAAUCAUGAAUCACGGCCAGUUAAUAAGCAAUAUGGAUUCUAUGUGGAAUGCACGAGACGUUAUUCGGUGGUACUUUAUGAAUGUUUCCAAUUUGCAUUUUAUUGCAUGCCAUUUUGCGCUCGUAUAUCAAAAACAAUAAUGUGCAUGCAUGGUGGUAUCAGUGAAAGUUUAGUUAAUUUUUCACAGGUUUAUUUUGAGUGA